AUGGUGGAUGUGCAGUGUCUAAGUGACUGUGAAUUGCAUGACAGACUUGAGAAGCUUGGAUUUUCACCUGGCCCAAUACUACCCUCCACCCGAAAAGUGUACGAAGAAAAGUUAGCGCAAUUGCUGGUCUCACCUCUCAGUGACCCACCUGCCAUGGAAAGAUCCAGAAAGCCAGACAGAUGUGAGGACAGCGAUGACAGUGAAGAGCUAAAUAUCAUUUUGAAAGGAAAUAUCACACUCUCAACAGAAAAAGGCAAGGAAUCCAAAAAAAGACCCAAGCCUUCGAUCAGUAAAAGAACCCUUGACAUCUGUUGUCUAGGCCAGAAGCCCAGAAAGGGAAUCAGGUGUGCUGCAAGAUCUCCAAAUACCAGGAUGAAACAUGAGUGUAUCACCAAAGGGAAGGACUACUGCUCGGGGAAGCAUGGGUGUGCCACCAAAGGGAAGGACAACUGCCCCCGGAGCAAGAGCCCGGAGAGUGGCCUCCCGUGGAGCUUGAAGCUUGCUAUCUUUGGCAUUUUCAUCAUAGUGAUGUUUGUCUACAUAACUGUGGAAAAGAAGCCAGUCUUCGGUUAAGAGCUUCAGGAGCAAACCACAACGUGCCUAUAGCAAGAAGGGCAGCAGAGACAACAGAAUU